AUGGAGACCGAUUGGGACGAGAUUGCCCGGGUCGGGUUUCCACCGCCAGGAAUCCAUGCGAUGCCAACACCCGCCAGUACGCUUGCGUUUGAUAAUAGUCAAGAACUGUUGUGGGCAGGCAAUGAAUAUGGCCGAGUUUCGUCAUUCUAUGGUCCUGAAUUGCAAAAGUACACAUCAUUUCGAGCGCAUGCCUCCGUUGAAGGGCCCGUUCGUCAGCUACUAUUCAAUGACAAGGGCGUGAUCUCUGUAGCGUCAAGAAGUAUACACAUGUCUAGCAGAAGAGGGUUGACAAUGUGGCAUAUCACACACGAUAAAAUGAUCGACCUACGCUGUAUGAGCUAUACAUCCAAAGGCACGUCUGAGAUCCUUGUAGCCGGUUGCCAGCCGACCAUGUUUCGAGUAGAUGUGGACAAGGGCAAAAUCGUCGAGGAGCUCCCUGCAGCCGAUCAAUACACGAUGAUGAAGCGUGCCCACUAUAUAUGCGCCGCCACAAAAACGGGUGCUGUGGACAUGCUUGAUCACUACUCAUUUAAAGUAGUGAAAAAGUGGCAAGCGCAUGCUGGAUAUAUCAAUGACAUGGACGCACGUAACAACUUUCUAGUCACUUGCGGUGUUUCACCUCGACAGCAGCAGGCAUACAUGCUGGAUCCCCUGGCGAAUGUGUUCGACCUUAAGAAGCUCGCACCAUUACCGCCGAUUCCAUUUCAUGCCGGUGCAGCGUUUGUUCGAAUGCAUCCCAGAAUGUCGACAACCAGCAUAGUCGCUUCCCAGACCGGCCAACUCCAAGUGGUCGAUCUCAUGAACCCAAACACUGUGAAUCUGCGACAGGCCAAUAUCUCUUCGUUCUUGAUGGCCCUCGAAAUGGCUCCGUCAGGCGAGGCACUCGCGUUGACGGAUGGCGACUGUUUUCUUCAUCUGUGGGGAUCGCGAAGUAAGAUUCAUUUUGCUGAACUCAGCAGCCCCACAGAACUUGCCGACCCAGUUGUUCCUCUACAACCUUUGGAUUGGAGCAUUGACACUCCACUACAUUCGAUUGGCUUGCCGUACUAUCGCGAUACGCUUCUAUCGUCUUGGCCAAGCCACUUAGUCUUCGAAGUCGGCAACCCUCCUUCGAAGCUAGAUCCAGAUAUUCUGGCUACUAUGACCGCAAGUGGCUAUGCUCCAAAUCCAAAGAAGACCCGUCGUUAUCAGGUCCACGAUACCCGGCUUGCCGAGAAGAUCAGCGCUCCGUUAAUGGCACCGAAGUUCCUGAGUGAAAAGGCAAGGGAGUCGCCAUCGUCGCCUCGAACCGAGCGUCGAAUUAGUGAUGCAGCUGAAGCUCUUGGCGAGAUUGCACUUGCUGGUGGUGCACCGAUCAAGGCGGAAGUGCCUGUCAUGUAUCGCAAUGUCGAAAUCAAGUAUAGCCGUUUCGGGGUUGAUGAUUUUGAUUUUGAAUAUUACAACAAGACCAAGUAUUCCGGCUUGGAGACGCACAUUGCCAAUUCAUACACCAACCCGCUCUUGCAACUCUUAAAAUUUACUCCGCUCCUUCGCAAUAUUGCAUUGCAUCACGCGGCUUCGAGUUGUUUGGUGGAGUCCUGCUUGCUUUGCGAGCUGGGCUAUCUUUUCGAUAUGCUAGACAAGGCGAACGGUCAAAACUGCCAGGCGACUAAUUUCUUGAAGACUUUUAGUAGUCUGCAUCAAGCCGCUGCUUUGGGGUUGCUGGAGGAAAGCUCUCCCAAUAGCUCUCUUACUGCCAUGAUUCAGUCUGUUUGCCGAUUUCUUUUGGAUAGGAUAACGACAGAUUUUACGUCUACAUCAAACUCCACUCAGAUAGAGGAGAUACUCAAAACGACUGCGUCAAUGAGUAUUCGAUGCGUCCACUGCAGCAAUGAGACUUCUAGGCCGGGAAACACUUAUGUGAAUGAUCUUAUAUACCCUACAAAGACCAAAAACCAGCCUCGAGUAGCUGAGCCAUCAUUCUCCCAAAUCCUUAAAGCCAGUGUGGAACGAGAAAACCAGAUGCGUGGCUGGUGCGACAAGUGCCGGCGCUAUCAGCAACUCGUCACAAGGAAAUCUAUCGAGUCAAUUCCCCUUGUCUUUAUGAUCAACACUGCUCUAAGUACCCCUGAGGCAAAACAAUUGUGGUCAAAACCAGGCUGGCUUCCCGACGAGAUUGGCAUUGUCAUCCAGUCCGGCCAAUUCUUCUGCUUCCAGGGCCAGGAUCUCAAACUACACCUACAGCGAGGCAUUCAUCCCAUCACUGUGUACGAGCUUAUUGGAGUCGUCGCGGAUGUCAACAGCGGGGAGCACCAAAAGUCCCACCUGGUGUCCAUUAUCAACGUGGGCAUAUCCUCGCGCGAGCCUGAGGAAGAAAAUCUAUGGCACUUGUUCAACGACUUCCUCGUCCGGCCAGUAACCAAGGAUGAAGCAUUGAAAUUUGCACAAACAUGGAAGCUCCCUUCGGUGCUCUGUUACCAGAUAAAAUCAGCGCGGAAUCUCAUCGACGACACAUGGCGCGAGAAGCUCGACACCAGCCUCGUGUACAGUGAAUACACGGUCAACCAAUCUGAAAAGAUCAAAGACUAUCGCGUGCUUUCGCAGACCACUGAGGCACCGCAAGAAGGCACACUGGUUGCCAUUGACGCCGAGUUCGUUGCGCUCCAGCAAGAAGAAAUCGAAAUCAAAGCCGACGGCACCCGCGAGACUAUCCGUCCCUCGCGGCUCGGGCUGGCUCGUGUUUCUGUUCUUCGCGGCAGCGGCCCAGAUGAGGGCUUGCCGUUUAUUGACGACUACAUCACUGCGAGCGAAGCCGUCGUCGACUAUCUCACCGCCUACUCGGGCAUUCAACCGGGCGACCUCGAUCCCAAACAAUCCCGCCGCACCCUUGUCCCGCUCAAGGUUGCAUACAAGAAGCUCUGGCUAUUACUCAAUCUUGGUUGCAUCUUCGUUGGUCACGGACUGCCCAAGGAUUUCCGGACCAUCAACAUCCACGUUCCCAAAGCUCAGGUCGUCGAUACCGUCGAUCUCUUCUUCAUUCGCGCUCGCCAGCGCCGUCUAUCCCUCCGUUUCCUCGCUUGGUUCUUGCUUAAAGAAUCCAUCCAGACAGAGAACCAUGACUCGAUUGAAGACGCCCGCACCGCGCUCAAACUGUAUAGAAAAUACCUCGAAUUCGUUGACGCAGGCAUCCUUCCAGCCAUGCUCACAGAGAUAUAUACCCGAGGAAAAGACUUUAAUUACAAGGUUCCCCAGCCUGUGCAACAGGUUCCCACGGGGAGUAGCAAUGAUGCUGGAACAGAGCUUGGUAGUGGCAACAACAAUACUUCCACGACUACUGGUGCAAUGAUGUUUGGGGCCGGAGCACCAGCAACCCCAACACUUGCGCCCAACAACAGCAAUAACAAUAAUGGUUUCGCUUAUCCUUCUACGCCGUCGGGCACCGCCACACCUCCGCUGCUCAGGGAUAACGGGCCGGAAACACCGCCAGUCAGAACCACACCUGCGCCUGUAGUCUCUUCGGACGGCCAGUUCUGGACACCGACCAAGGGAACGUACUUUGGCAGUCCGAUGAGAUGA